AUGGCACUGAUUUCUGAUGAUGAUGCACCUGUCACUGUCACCGCGCAGGCCAAAUGCACUAUCAUUCCAUCAUCUCGCCUUACCGACUCUAACAACAGCGCAACACCAGAACUCAGCAGCCACAGAAACAUUCAACCUACAGCUAUCAGCAACUCGCUUGGCACCAACCCCAGCAAUCCUGGCAAGUGCAAUUUGGUGGAUGCAGCCUGUUCUUCAUUGACAGAAGAUUUAGUGGAGUUGUCCAGUGAAGGACAUGAAACUGCGGGCCACAAAGGCAAACACCUUCAUCAGACUUGCAAUCUGUCAUUUAUGGAUGAUGUCCAUUCUUCUGCAUCUCUCCUUGACAAUGCACCAACAGAAGAUGUUGAAUAUUCUAACACUUGCUACGUACAUUAUAUAAGCACACUCAUUUUUCACUUCCUUCACAAGCAGUAA